AUGUAAUAAAUUGAUAACCUUGAAUAUGUCGAUUAAGUUAAUUCUUGGCUUGAUUUGUCAAAUUUGCUAAUAAAAUUAGCUCCAAAUCAGUAAAAAUAAUUCACUAAGGAAUUGAGAGACAAACUUAAAAGUGGAAGUAAUUAUCAUCUUAAAUUUCCUUCCUAGAUUAUUUAAAGCCUGCUCCAAUUUAAAAAAUGGUUUUACCCUUUCUUUUACAAGAGAAAACAGAAGAAAGAUUUGUAUAUAUCAAAUCACCUACUGGAACAGGCAAAACAUUAGCUUUUAUAUUGCCAAUAAUAUUUUUCUUCGAUUAAGAUUAUAUUCAAUAAUAUUACUAGGCAUAAUAAGAUGGGCCUGUUCAAUAUUAUCCAUUUGCUAUUAUUUUGGUUGCUACUCAUGCUCUCUUAGCUUAAAUUUAAAAAGACUUUAUAGGCGCUACUCCAGAUAUUUUAUUGAAAUAGGGAUUUGUAUUAAUUCUGAAUAUUAUAGAAAGUCCAACAUUUUGAUAAAGGUCAAGAUGAAAGUGUUAUAAUGGGUCAUGUAAUUUGUGGAGUCCCAUAAACAAUUCUAAAAUUAAUAUAAAAAAAAACAAUAAAUCUAAAAAAUGUAAGAUUUAUUGUGGUUGAUGAAGCAGACAAUACAAUAUUAAAUGAUAAAAGUCAGAAAGUGAUAUAAAUAAUAUCAAAAUUUUUGGAAUCUAAUAAUUUAAGAUGGAAAAUAAUAUCUUGUGGUGCAACAAUGGAAGUGAAUGAAUUAAAAUAAUUAUUCAUAAAAUAAUUAGGAGAAAAGAAAUAAGGUGAUGAAGAAUUUUUUAAAUUUAAAUAUUUUGAUUUUCAAAUAACACUUGAUAACAUUUAUCAUUAUUAUGAUAGUUCUGCUGAUAAAGAAGAGGAUAUGUUAAAAUAAAUGGUAUCAGUUAUAAAGGAUACUUUUAAAACAUUUUCAGAAGCAUAAAUAAUGAUAUUUUUUAAUGCUAAAUCAAAAUGUCAUGAAACUAAAUUAUUAUUAAUGAAUGAUCCUUUAUUAAAAUUUUUGGUUGAAGGAAAUUGUUUAUGUGAAAUAAUAUAAGAUAAUAUAAUGGAUUAUGGUAGUGCUGAAGAAAUGAGAAAAGCUUAAUAAAAAAUUGUUGAUGAUUUUAAAAAUGGGUAGAUAAAUAAAUAUAUAUUUUUAGUGUAUACAAAAUAAUGUUUUGUUCAGAUUUAAUGGGUAGAGGAAUGAAUUUUAGAAAAGUUAGAUUGGUUAUUAAUUAUGGAGCUCCUAGAAUCAAACCUGAUGGUGAAUUUGAUCUUAGAAGAUAUAAUCAAAGAGUUGGAAGAACUGGAAGAAUGGAAGAUCUAGGUGUUGCUUUAACAAUUUUGAAGUAUUUAUUUUAGAAUUAUAUUAUUUAGUAAAUCAUUAAAUUCAGAUAUACCUGAAAUAAAGUUUACUGACUUUUUAUAAUCAGAAAUACCAGGAUUAAUUUUAAAGAAAUAUGAAACAACAGAUUUUUUCAAAUAAUUAAAGGAAGUGUAUACAAAAACAUAAUAAAAAUAGAAAUGAG